GAGAGAGAGAGAGAGAGAGAGAGAGAGAGAGAGAGAGAGAGAGAGAGAGUCAGAGACAGAGUUUUAACGGAAAAUGGAGAUGGAGAGUAAAACUGCGACGAGACCGUGCGAGGAAUUAACGAAAAGACGCGUCUCGAUAAGCGAGCAAAUCUUCGGCGUGGAUAAUCCUGCGUUCGAACAUCAUCGUCGUAUAAGCUCCAGUUCCGAGCACAAUUCGGAUCAAGGUAGAAGGAAGUCGAUACUUCAUCAUACCGGCAGUAAUUACGACAGCGUCGAGAAUAUACCGCAGCACAACAAGUUCGAUCUCGCGGAGAAUGGAAGGAUGAACGGUAAUAGGAAAAAGUCGGCCUUCAGUCUGACCAGUUCCAUUAGGGAUAAGAUCGAGUACUCGGAAGAACUCGAGAGGUCGUGGUUGUACCUAUUUUGCGCCCGUUGUCAUGGACGCGACGAUACACCAUCAUGGGAGCCACCUGGAUGGAAAAGAGCCUGUCCUCAGCCAUUCUGUCCGAGCUAUCGAAAGUUUGCGAGAGUUCUUUGCCUUUUCCUACUCGGUCUGCUAGUUUGGGGUAUCGUCUAUUCGAUAGCCGGAAAGGACGCAGCACCCGGAGGUCCUCUCUUCGGUCUUGCCACUCUCUGCAUAGCCGCGCACUUUGGAGGAUGGCUCUUUUCCUUGACGACUCUACCAGCUUUGAUCGGGAUGCUGAUCACGGGGAUGAUACUGAAAAACGCUAACCUCAUCAGCAUCGACGACCGUUACGCCAUCGUCGUCUCCAACUUGCGAAAAAUCGCACUCGUAAUCAUCCUAACCAGGGCAGGAUUGGAUCUCGAUCCAAUAGCAUUGAAGAGACUGAAAAUCACCGUUCCAAAGUUAGGCCUGAUACCAUGGUUCGUCGAAGCCGGUAUGAUCGCAGUUUUGACGAGAUAUCUCAUAGGAUUACCAUGGAUCUGGGGUUUACUACUCGGAAGUAUAAUAGCAGCCGUAUCUCCAGCCGUUGUGGUACCUUGUCUCUUCAGAUUACGCGAGAGGGGUUACGGCGUCGCAAAGGGUAUCCCGACGCUGAUCAUAGCAGUAGCUGGAAUCGACGAUGCUGCGUCGGUCGCAAUAUAUGGCAUCGUAAAGAGCGUCAUGUUUUCUCACGAUGCGCUUUGGUAUCAGAUUCUUCAAGGACCUAUCGCUAUAAUCGGUGGUCUCGGCUUCGGUAUACUCUGGGGUUGUUUGGCGAAGUACGUUCCAGAAAAGGGUGACCCCUUCAUGGUGCCCUUAAGGGUAUUGAUGCUAUUAGGAGGUGGAAUGGUCGCGGUCUUUGGAAGCGAAGCUAUCGAGCUCGGUGGUGCUGGACCUCUUGCCGUAGUUGCCGCAGCCUUCGUCAGCUGUUACUUUUGGCAAAAGGACGGUUGGGAAGUGGACGACAAUCCCGUGGCAACGUCCUUCGAGAUCUUCUGGAUGAUAUUCGAGCCGAUUCUCUUCGGGAUCACCGGCACGCAGAUAUCAAUAGCCGAGCUGAAAGGAAAAACCGUCUAUCUUGGGAUCAGUUGUCUCAUAGCCGGUAUCGUUAUUCGGAUAAUCGUGACGAUAUUCGUAGGAAUUCGUAGCAAGCUCAAUACGAAAGAAAAAGUCUUUAUUGCUCUCUCGUGGAUGGCAAAAGCUACGGUGCAAGCGGCAUUAGGACCGGUCACUCUCGACGAGGUUAAUCGGGAUAACGCCGAGCAGGUCGAAUACGCGAACACGGUACUGACUCUUUGCGUUCUUUCUAUUUUAUUAACGGCACCGACCGGCGCGAUCAUCAUAUCGUUGUCCGGUCCAAAAUUAUUGACAAAGACGACGACUCCUAGCGCACCGCCAGACGCUUGGAAAACGAGAAGACCCUCGAUACGAGAUAUUUCGAUCAUCAACGAGGAUCCCGAUCUCGAAGAAACUGCGAGCGAAAGGAAACCUUGAUUAAUUUUCUUUCGACCUUUGCCUUCUUUCUUCUACUUUAUAUUCUUUUUCUUACGUUCGUUCGUUCGUUCGUUCGUUCGUUCGUUUACUCGUUGUCUUUUUAUCGACGGAUGCCUCGAGAAGGAAAUACGUAUCCUUGUCUCGUUCUCCGUGUGUCGUCAUUCUUUUUUUUUCUUUUUCUAGCUAUUACGUUUUGUUUAUUAUCUCACCGCGUAAAUGGGAAGCUAUGUAUGUACGUACAUGUUCGUUCGUGUGUGUGUGUGUGUGUGUGUGCGCGCGUGCGUGUGUGGUGAGAGCGCAAGUACCUCUACGCAUAUGUACACAAGAGUUCGGACUUUCUUCGGUCUCCGGGAAGAGAACUUUAUUUCGUAAGGUCAAUGCGGACAAAUAAUAGAAAAAGAGAAGAAGAA